AUGACUUGCGCCACGGCUGGCGGUGGGCUUGAAGCCAUCGAGGCUGAGCGCGAGGCCAUCAAGGCCGAGAUCGCGGCCAAGAAGCGUGCGCACAAGCACCGCCUUGACAUUGACGUGCCUGUGGUCGAUCCGACCGCCCCGCGAUACGAUCCAUCCAAGCCGACGCCGCUGUACCCGUCGCCGCGGACAGCGGCAGCAGUGCGCGCGUUCUUCUCCGGCGACGACCACGGCGCCGACAGUGCCGGCUUGUCAGCCGCCGCCGACCUGGUUGACGACCCGAACGCGGUCUUUCGGCACACCGACUCGGCAUGCUGCGUCUGCUUUUCCGACACGGUGGCGGUGCGGAUGCUGGGGCGCGCGUGCCGGCACGGGUUCUGCGACGAGUGCGCUGAGCAGGCGCUCAACACCAUUGUGGAGAGUGGCCAGUUCCCGGCAGCGUGCCCGGGCUGCCUGGCUGAUGGCGGCAUGGCAGCGCCUGUCGAGACAGCCUUCAUCCCUGCCCACGUCAUCGAGGCGCUGGUUGCCCGUGGCGUGCUCUCCAUUCCGUUUGGCCGCAAAUUUGUGAGUCAGCAGGUCAUGCACGCCUUUGACCGCUCGCAGUUUGUCUGCUGCCCGAUCUGCGACCUCAUGUGCUUCAAGCCGAGCUGGGACGACAAGGUUGUCGAGACCAUGGUUGAGCCGUGGCGAGUCGAGUGCCCGGCAUGUGAGUCCGCCUUUUGCAUCAAGUGUAACGAGUACUACCGGGGGCACGCCGGGCUCACUUGUGAGGACUUUGAGUCCAAGACCCAGCGGGCGGCCGAGGCUGCGUCGAUGGGCCUCAUCCUCCAAACCGCCAAGGCUUGCCCACGGUGCGGAACCGGCGUCACGCACUGGGCCGGUCACGGUUGCCACCACAUCUCCGGCUGCUGCGGCUACGAUUGGUGCUUUGUCUGUCUCGAGCCUCACCCGUGCUCGCGCGUCGGCCACGCCCUUUUUUGCGACGACGGCUGCGGCUGCGUCCCGUGUCCGAUCUGCCGCCCAGGCUCGCCGUGCGACAAGUGCCCUGGCGGCGAUCGCUGCCCAAGCUGCUCCGGCGUCGCACCCUCCACGGCUCUCAAUCCGGUCGAUGCCCCAGACGAUGCGGGCAUGAUAGACCUUGUGGACGUGAUAUAG